GCCGGGCGCGGGCACGGCCGCGGGCAUGGCGGAGGCGGCGGCGGCGGGGGGGAUGGCGGCCGAGGCGGUGGGGGGUACGGGGCCGGUGCCGGGGCUGCGGCGGCGCCUGGCGGCGCUGGGCCGGCGUCUGGAGGCGCCGAGGGGAGCGGGAGGCGACGAUACCUUCCUCGCAAAGGGCUCUGCUGCUCUGGAGAAACUGGAGGCACUCUGUGGUGAAGGGAGCGAGAACACACACCCUUCCAAGCUUUUGCAGCUUUAUACACAGGCUGUUUUAGACAUUACAUAUUUUGAGGAAAGCCAGCUUGUGGAUGAAGAUUUUCCAGAAGAAACUUCCUUGGAAAAAGUUAAAGAACUUACUAGUGUUCUGUCAGAACCAGAAGAUCUAGUGACGGAAUGCAGCAUAAAUGAAGAUCCUAUUAACAUCCUUGGUACAGAGCUGGUAGAAUGUCUUUACUGGAGAAGAGGAGCCCUGCUUUACAUGUAUUGUCAUACAGUAAAAGAAAGGAGUGAAUGGCUACAAGAAAACAUUGCCAUAUUUAAAAAGUGUCUUAAUGAUGGAGUUCGUUACUUGAUGAAGAUGCUUAGCUUUAGAUGCCCUCUUCGAAUAAAUGAAGAUGUCUCACUUCAAGAUAAAGACACAGCUAGAUUACUCAGUGAAGGUAUAUUUAGUGACACUCACUUGCUGGCGAUGGUGUACAGUGGAGAAAUGUGCUACUGGGGACUGAAACUCUGUGGCGAGGGCGAGCAGGAAAGCCUGGAGACCCCAGACCCAGCGCCCGACAGCGGCCCGGGCUGCAGAUCGCACAGCGCACCCCUGGAUUUCCGAGAACUGGGCAAAAGCAUGCUGACGAAGUACGUGUCUGUAUGCGAGGGACCUUUGCACGGCCAGGGCUGGAGCACCAGCAGCGCCAAGCAAAUGCUGUGUUACCUCGGGACCAAGAAAUAAACGAGCUCGCCGUGC